AUGAGUUAAAAACCAGUUGAGGAGUUAAUUAAGUAGAACCUAGCCAAGCAAGGAUUUAUCAAGGAUCCGAUGGAAGAGAAUUUUUUAGAUAUGAUUCAGAUCUAUUUGUUUCCGAAUUACAAAUUAUUAUCUUUUACAAAUCUGAUAGCAUUAAUUGAUACCAUUUUUUACAUUUCUACUUUGUGCUAUGACGAUACUGAUGAAAAAUUAGGAUUAUUAUCUCCAUCUCAUGAAAGUCUGUAUACCUUUGGCCAUAUUUAUCCUCCUAAAAUGAAAAAGGGUUAAUAUUAUAGAUUUAUAAUACCAAUAUUUCUAUACUCAAAUUUGAUACACUAUUUAUUUAGCAUGUUCGCAAAGAUAUAUUUACUGCAGUUAAUAGAACAUUUUUAGGGUUUUUUUAAAACUCUAUUUAUAUACCUUAUGGUUACCACAUAUGGAGUAGUAUUUAACUCGUUAUUUCCUGGCGCAUAUGGAGUUGGAGGAUCAUUUUUCAUUGGUUUAAUAUUAAUUUGUUUUGUGUAAGAAAGUAGUCAAAAUAGAAUGAUGAGUAAAUACAAUUAAUUUUGUUUUAUUUCUGGUUAAUCAAGCUAAGUGAAAAAUUCAAUUAUAAUAUUCAUUACACUCUUAUCUAUUUAUGUAAUGAAUUAAGUUUUCCCUAACAUUCCUAUGUUUGGCCACUGUGGAAGCUAUUUUAUGAGCCAGAUACUAUCUAAUGUAUUUACCAACUAGAAGAGAGAUAAGAAUAAAUGCAAGCAAAUCUUAUGGUUUAUGAUAUCAAUCUUAGUUUACCUUGCUACAUUUUAUAUUUUCUUUUUCCUAAAAAACAAUUCUGAAUGA